GACUGUCACAGGGAAGGGGGGAGGGAGGGAAAGAGGGAGGGGGAGAGAGUGAGUGAGAAAUGCAGAGGCAGCAGCCGCGGUAGCGGCGGCAGUGCUUCAGCAGGCACUAGGCACUCCAACCCCAGCGAGCAAGCGGGCGAGAGCAACAGCGCUCCGAGCGAGGCGAGGAGGCUCUGGGCUACCUGGAACUCUCUUUGUGACACCCCAGCAUACAAACACACCGACAGGGACAGAGGAAAAACAUAUAAAGAGCUCCAGCAUGGGAGGCAAACUGAGCAAGAAGAAGAAGGGAUACAGUGUCAAUGAUGAAAAAGCUAAAGACAAAGACAAGAAGACUGAAGGAGCAGCGACUGAGGAAGAGGAGACUCCAAAGGAGGCUGAGGGUGCCCAGAAAACCACAGAGACCACAGAAGUGAAGGAGAACAACAAGGAGGAGAAGGGAGAAAAGGAUACUCAGGUCACUGCCAAUAAGAUGGAAGAAAAAGAAGGGGAGAAGGAGAAAACAGUGACCCAGGAAGAAACCCAGAAAACAGAACCUGAGAAGUCAGAGGCUAUUGUCGAUGCAAAAGUAGAGCCACAGAAGAACACUGAACAGGCACCCAAGAAAGAGGAGCCAACUGCUGCCUCUGCUCCUGCUGCCAGUAGCGAAGCACCCAAACCCUCUGAGCCUAGCACCGAUGCAAAAGCUUCCCAGCCUUCAGAGGCCACAGCUCCCAGUAAAGCAGAUGACAAGAACAAAGAGGAAGGGGAAGCCAAAAAGACUGAGGCUCCCACAAUGCCUGCAGCCCAAGAAACUAGAAGUGAAGUGGCCCCAGCUUCAGACUCAAAACCUAGCAGCAACGAGGCUGCACCUUCUUCCAAGGAGCCCGUGGCAACAUCAGCACCUAGUUCGACUGCUAAGGCCUCAGACCCUGCAGCUCCUCCAGAGGAAGCGAAACCUUCUGAAGUUCCAGCGACUAAUUCGGAUCAAACCAUAGCAGUGCAAGAUUAAAUUGGACAGCCUGUUGAAACAACCACUUAAAACAACCUGUGUCUUUUUUUUAUUUUUUCGGCUAUACUAACUUGUUUCAGAUCUGAAAUAGCAAAUGCGUAUUGCCCAGAAAAGAAGGAGAUAAAAAAAAAAGAGAAAAAAUGAAAAGGAUGUCCCAUCAAGUUGGGAGGGAGGGAGGGGGGAGAAUCCAAAUAGUAUUUUCGUGGGGAAAUAUCUAGUAUACUUUCUGCCAACUUGACACAAGUCCUGGAUUAAAAUAAAUAAAUAAAUAAAUAAAUAAAUAAAUGGAUGUCUGAAAGUACAGCACAUUUUUUGUAUCUGAACUGCUGAAAAUACACUCCACCAGUGUAUCAAAACCUUCUUUUUGUUCUGUAAUGGGGUUUGGAAAUGAUGCGUUUGAUUCUGCCCACUAGGUUUGUGCCAAGGCAAUCAGAUCUUUAUGAAAGCAGUAUUUUCUGUGUGUUUUUUUUUUUUUAUUUACAACCUUUCUUAUUUUAAUAUUUUUUUUUAAGCAGUGGAUGAAUGCCAACUUUCAGACAAAACCCACUUAGCUGUCCACAUAUUUCUCAAUGCCAAUCCUCCAAUUCUUCCUCUCCAAAUAUUUUUUGGGAGUAAAAAGCAUUCUCAUCCUACUUAGCCUACCUAGAUUUCUCAUGACGAGUUAAUGCAUGUCCGUGGUUGGGUGCACCUGUAGUUCUGUUUAUUGGUCAGUGGAAAUGAAAAAGUCUGCGUUCAUUGCAGUUCCAGUUUCUCUUCCAUUCUGUGUCACAGACACCAACACACACUCAUUGGAAAACAAAUGAAAAAAAAAAUGUACAAUGGAUGCAUUGAAAUUAUAUGUAAUUGUAUAAAUGGUGCAACAGUAAUAAAACUUAAAUAAUUUAAAAAAUA